CCUACCUUAAGUGAUAGCUGCCUCAGCAUGACCUAGCAGUUAAAAACUCACCAACUUGCAGUGACCAUCUUCUCAACAUCAACCCACACUACAAUCAUACUUACUGCACAUUCUCAUCGCACGAUCUUUAUCACACGUUCUUUACACUGAAUUACGAGAUUUUCGAUAUGGCUACCAUCGGAAACAGGGGGUGGAUCGGAUACCCCCUUCUCCCAGAGCGUCCUAAGGCUCCCGUGACCAUCAGACCUGCAUUCGACAUGCGUCUUGUUGAGGGUGGCUACUAUUUGGACGGGAACUUGCCCGGCCUCAAGCGAGACCACGUUUGGGUGCACAUCGAGGGUCAGCAUUUGGUGAUCUCCGGGAAAAUCAAGCGCGAAUACCCUGCCCCUCCUCCGGAUUUUGAACCUGACUUGAGGGUGGACGGCGGCAACGUAUCUGACUCAAUCCUGUUAGAAGAGUCCCUGGAUAGUAUGAGCUUUCACCAGAUUGAUGCACAACUUGCGGGGUAUGAACGAAGCCGCGUUGCCGGCGCCGGUCAGGGUGCACCUGCAGGUGAACAGGGCAAUGAGGACGGCGGAGCGGCCCCAAUCCCUACUGCUCAGGCGGAUCGUGGUGGUCAAGAUGCUCCUGAGGGUCCACCGGCCGGGGAUGUGUGGAUUGAUCUCGGUCGGUCGGGAUCUCAGCGACGUGCAGACCCGCAAGGCGACCGAGUCCAGCGAGACGAACCAGCCCUGCGAGGUGAAUCAGCCCAGAGAGGCGACCGAAUCCAGCGAGGUCAACCAUCCCAGCGAGGCGAAGAAACCCAGCAAGGUGAACGUUCCCAGCGAGGGGAUGGAAAUAUGCGAGGUCGAGGACGAGGCGAAGAGAUCCAGCGCCGUGGCACCAACCCGCGCCGUGAAGGGAGCCAGAGAAGGGUGACCGAGGGAGGUGGAGAGGAUGGAAUCAGGCACGCCCGAACACAGUGGAAGUUGGCUGAGCGCGAAGUUGGUCGUUUCUUGCGCGUGUUCGAGUUUGACAAGCCAGUCGAACAAGAAGCGGACGUGCACUUCCACGACGGCAUUCUUACUAUCUGGGUUCCACUGGCGCCGAUUUUUGAACCGAUUGGUACGGCGGUCUCUCGCGACUGAUGGUAGCUCAGAGGUUGCCGAGUAGUUAGUGACAUUCGUUUAUGGCUGUACUAGUAGAUAGUGUCCGAUAGAUGAUAUGCGCAUCUGAAGUUUGAC